AUGCUCGAUAAUAUGCUCCAGGCCCCAAGCUCAGACACAGUCUGGCUGGAGGGUCGCUUUGGUACUGGUUCUCUGUGGCAUCCUGAGGAAUCUGACAUACCACCAGCCCUCACAGAUUCAGGGACAAGGACCUUUUUGACUGCCGUGGGCUUUCCUGCCGUUAGGCUCCGACGGGUUAGUUUUGACUCCACGCAUUUAACGAAAGACGCGGUUCCGCUAGAGCCCUAUGACGCCGACGAGCUAUAUGGCGAGCGCUAUCCUGAUGAUGACUCUCCUCCCACAAACCUCUGCUUCCAUUUCGGAAAAGUUAAUGAGUGGAUGAUGAUGGUAGGUGGAGAGGAUGGGAUCGUGUCUCUCUAUGAUCCUAGCGGUUGGGACCAUGCAGAUGGGUACCAGGGGAUGAUCGCAGGUUCCCUGAAGAGUUUUGCAGUGCUGUUAGGGAUGCUGGCAGAGGUUGCGGAGUGGCUGGAUAUGGUGACAGAUGGGUUGAGUGAGGAAAAUGAAACAGAGGAAGUGCGCAAGUCUAUUCUAUACAAGCUAAGGGAGAGGAUGGUAGAGUAUGAUGAUUGUGUUGAGGAGGGUUCAAAGUUUUGGGAUUAUGUAUUUGAGAGUUUCGAGUAG